UGUUGGUGUUGUGUGUGCGUGAGAGUGCGAGUGGAGCAGGGAUGGCCGGACCCCAAAUCGCGGCGGCGCGCGGGGCGGCGGAGUCAGACGUGAGCGUGAGAGGUCAGAGCGAUCAGAAACACAAAAAUAGAGUUGGUGCUCCGUGCACCGCCCCCGCCAGCUGUGGCCCGCGCUAUUCUUGUAGCACAUCUUGCUUUCUCUCUUUUUAAUCGACUUUUGCUUGUCGUUGUGCCCCCAAAAAAAGCAAAAUGUCCCCUCCGCCCCCGCCAGCCUCACCUGUCUACCAUCUUCACGGCCGCCCGGGUCACCGACAAAAUAGGUACAGUACAGUACAUACAAUCCGAUUCUCGCAACCCGGACCCCACGAGGCAGGCAAGCAAGCAAGCAGUACAUACACACAUACACACCCAACACGGCCUCGUACGAGCACCACUGACAAAUCACCCCUUCCUUCCCUUUCAAAUCCCUCUCUGCGCACCACUCGGACGUUGCAGCCUUUGCGCCACGGGUUUCUGCUGGUAUCGUAUGUACUUCAGCCCAUCGCGCCAGUGUAUCCUGGCGCGUCAAAUCAAAUAAAAUCAAAGCAUAAGUGUGAGUAGCAGUCGCUCUGCUCACAUCACGUCAAGCCAGCGACCCUAUAAGUACAGCACGC